AUGGCCUGCACACCACUCAAUGUCUCUCUUCCAGUCGGCGGAUGCAGUAUCGUCAGUUCUGAUCCCACCUCCAUGGUCGCUGCCUUCAAAAAAUGCUGCGGCCCAGCUCCUGUCGUCCAGUACUACACCAACGAUACUAUUGGAUGCGGUGCCUUUUGCCCAAUUGUUUCCAACGGCCCAAAUCGCACUGAAGUUGGAGACUGCCUUUAUGAUGAAAUGGGAAUCAGUGUGUGCACCGGUGACGGGCCAGCUUCACCAAGCGCUCUUUCACGAGUAAGCACGAUGGCCUCGGCGACUGUUUGCGCUGCUUGUGCUGCGACUGCAGCUCCAACAGCUACGAAUGCAGCAACUGGGGUGUAUAAUGGUGAUAUGACUUCGUGGAAGACUGGAAUCACUAUUGGAGCUAUAUUGUUUUCUGGAAUCUUUACUGGUUUCCUACUUUAA